AUGGGAUACUUUUUGAUUAGUCUUCUUGUGAUUGUUUUGUCGAUUGGAAAUGUUAUUAAAGAAGCAAAUGGUGAAAUACCUCGAUCAGUUUUGAGCAAGAUAGAGUGGAUGAACAUGAAAGGUCCUUAUUUGGGGAUUGUAGCUCCAAAUAACUUUGAGCUUAAUCCUCUUCUCGCUUCUCAAGCCUAUGUUCCAUAUCCCUCUUUGCCUUUCAUCGAUUUUGCGGGUAGAAGAUUUCGAUUUGGAAAAAUAUCAAACCAACGGGUGGUGAUUGUGAUGACGGGAUUAGGAAUGGUUAAUGCAGGAGUAGCAACACAAUUACUAGUAAGUCUGUUUAGGCUGAAAGGAGUGUUGCAUUAUGGAAUCGCUGGAAACGCAGAUGUUAACCUUGAGAUUGGUGACGUUACUAUUCCUAAAUAUUGGGCACACUCUGGUCUUUGGAACUGGCAGAGGUAUGGAGCUGGGAUUGACGAUGAACUAGCUUUGGAAGCCCCUGGAGACUAUACUCGUGACAUUGGUUAUCUCCAGUUUUCCAAGUACAGUAACGGAAGUGACAACUUGCUAAAUCGAAUUUGGUACCAACCGGAAGAAAUCUUUCCGGUCACCGGAACUCCGGAAGUUCGGGAACACAUCUUCUGGGUUCCCGUUGAUAAGUCCUACUUGAAUCUUGCACGCCAACUCGAGGACACGAAACUAGAACAGUGCGUAAACACAACGUGCCUUCCUAGACCACCGAAGGUAACCAUCGUUGACAAUGGAGUGAGUGCAAGUGUCUUCGUCGACAACGCUGCUUACCGAACUUUCCUCCGCUCUAAAUUUAAUGCCACCGCGGUGGAAAUGGAAAGCGCCGCCGUUGCUCUAAUCUGCCACCAGCAAAGCAUCCCUUUCGUAGUCAUCCGUGCCCUAUCUGAUCUCGCCGGUGGCGGCUCCGACAUGUCCAAUGAGGCCGAUAUUUUCGGUACCCUCGCCGCGCAAAACUCGGUGGAUGUUCUCGUGAAGUUCGUUGGCUUGUUACCUCUAUACGGAAGCAAGCUUCAGUCAGAAUAA